AUGUGGGAGUCGUGGCUGUUUGUGAAGAUGUUUGCGCAGGACAGCGUGGCCGUGCGCAGAAUGCAGAUCAACAAGUACGUGUUGGGGGUGAUCGUGUGUUCACUGGGCGCGAGUGUGAUGAGUGAGUUUGCCCAGAGCGUGGUGUCGCGUGGACAGAGGGUGUUUGACGUGAACGAUAUCGUGUGCAAUUUCUGGGGCAGUCUGCUUGGUGUCGGGGUUGCCUUCUACCAGGACCACUAG